CUCCUUCUCCUCCUUCGUCUGCUCUGAGGUUUCCCAGGAACGAAGAUGAACAUAUAUGAAGUUGUCGAAAAUGAUAGGUUUGUCCAGUUUGGUGGCCAGUUGUUGUUGGGGGUGGAGGUGACAACGUUCUUGAAUCAGAAGUAAUGUGUUUCAGGUGUCUUCUUUUUAAGUUCUUGAUCUCUCGCUUUCUUCUCACACCUUCCGUUGUAUAUGUUCAGUUUAAUAUCAAUUUUCACCAACUUCCUAGCUUCGAUUCAAAUCAUGCUCCAAGUCGGAUGUUCUUAUUUAUUCGGAUUUUACGUUUCUCUUGAUUUUUUCUUGAUUCAGUCUCUACCACCAAACUUUAGAACUAAGUUGAACUUGUCUAAACCAGUUGACGGGUCACUUUCAGUUGGAGUUGGAGUAAGGUUAUAUACAUAACAAACAGUGCCAGCGAAAGAGAAUUGCUAUAGAAUGUUAGCUUCUUUCUUUCAUGGUCAUUUCUUCUUUGUCAUUGAUCAUAUAGAAGGACUCGUUCAUAAUGAAGGGAUUCAUUUUGGCUUAGUCGAUUUAGGCGAGUUGAAGCGAUAGAAGGUAUGUUACUUCAAUGGGAAAGGAAGGUUCGCCUAGAUCAUCGGUUUCAAAGCUUGGAAGUCUGACGGGAAUUGAUCCUCAAUUUAGUAGCAGAAUGUCAGGGUGUGAGAAUCAUUGGAGCAAGGCCAUGCAAAUGCAUGGAUUCAAGAAUGAGCCCGCAAAAUUUGGUGCUUUUAAGGGGGUCUCGGCGGGUAGAAGGACUUUGUCAUUUCGUCGGCAUGUUCGGACCAUUGGUUUCGUGUUUUUGUGGAUGGGUUUCUUCGUCCUGUUUGAUGAGUUUAUGGUGUCUAUUUUUGAUUCGGUAAAUCUUCACAAUGUUUCGAGACCAGCCAAAUUGAGCGGGCCAAAGGAAGACAGGAAUGCCUCUGGAGAAGUAGAAAAGCCAGCGGUAAAAAUGUACGACCGGCUUCUGAAUAUGGCCUCGACAGCGCUCGCUGCGGGAGAGUUCAAGCAAGAGUCAUCUAGCUUCUGGGAGGAACCACAAAGGCAAGCCGCUCUGUGGAAGCCUUGUUCAGACAAAAAGGUCCAAACAGGUUCAGGAAAAUUGGGGAGUAGCCAUGGAGAUAAUGGCUACUUAUUAGUCAGUGCUAAUGGGGGACUAAAUCAACAGCGAGUUGCGAUCUGUAAUGCUGUCGCUGUUGCGUCUCUUCUUAACGCCACUCUGAUUCUUCCAAGAUUUCUGUACAGCAAUGUGUGGAAGGAUCCUAGUCAGUUUGGGGAUAUUUACCAAGACAAAUACUUCAUAAAGACUCUGGAGGGAGAUGUAAACAUUGUGAAGGAACUUCCACCUCAUCUGAGAAACUUGGAUUUUGAAGCAAUUGGUAGCCAAAUUACUGACGCAGAUAUUGCUAAGGAGGCCAAGCCAGCUGAUUACAUCUUAGGUGUGCUUCCGAUCCUAAAACGGAAUGGAAUAGUACAUUUUCUUGGAUUCGGAAAUCGCCUCGGCUUCGAUCCAGUUCCAUUUAAUCUUCAGAGACUAAGAUGCAAAUGUAACUUCCAUGCGCUUAAGUUCGUCGCGAAAAUCCAAAGAGCUGGUUCAUUGUUGGUAAGGAGGAUCAGAAAGUAUGAUGCUUCUCAGAAUAUGUUAGACAAACAAUUGCUCGGAAACUUCCUACCAGUGCCGCCACUAGGAAGACACGACAUUGCAAAUGGUCGGUCCAAAUACCUCGCCUUGCACUUGAGAUUCGAAGAGGACAUGGUAGCGUACUCCCAAUGUGAAUUCGGAGGUGGCGAAGACGAGAGGAAGGAACUUCAAGCUUAUCGAGAAGUUCAUUUUCCUCUGCUAAUGGAACGCUUGAAGAAGACGAAGUAUGUUUCUCCAGCAGAACUGAGGAAGUUGGGGAGGUGUCCAUUGACACCAGAAGAAGCCGCACUUGUUCUCGCCGGCCUCGGCUUUAAGCGAGACACGUUCAUCUACCUGGCCGGGUCCGGCAUAUAUGGAGGAACGUCGAGGAUGCGACCGCUCACCGGCCUUUAUCCCAACUUGGUCACAAAGGAAACUCUCCUCACUCUAAGCGAACUCUCUCCGUUCAGAAACUUCUCCUCCCAGCUCGCGGCAUUGGACUUCAUCGUAUGUGCAACUGCCGACGUGUUCGCCAUGACCGAUUCUGGGAGUCAGCUGUCCUCCUUGGUGUCCGGAUUCCGCACUUACUACGGUGGAGAACACGCUCCCACCUUGCGGCCCGGCAAGAAGAGGCUAGCGGCAAUUUUGUCGCAGAACGCCACCAUAAGGUGGAGCACAUUUGAAUACAAAGUCAAGAAGUUGAUCGGAGAAGGCCAGAGAGCGCAAGUGAGGCGCUUCGGGCGGAGCACAUAUCGCCAGCCCAGGUGCCCGGAAUGCAUGUGCAAGUCCGGCUACCUCUCCAACGGCACGCCCUCGAGGAAUUCCCCUUAAGUCUCUUUCGGCCUUCCGACGAGAUAUUUGUACAUAGAAAAACGGGUUGCGGCAUGAAGCUCGGUCCUGCCGAAUCUCUCUGGAUCUGUGCUCAGGAUGAUAAUUUCAAUGAUCUGAGUUCUUCAUACUCACUAGCCACAUCUGCUCUGUUUGCUUGCUGAAGCUUCAAUUUGCCAUUUGCAAUUUGUCUUCCAACCUUCUGGUUAAGAAGGCUUGAUGAAUUGUUUCAUUUUUUGAUCGCCACGGUGAAGAAACAAAUUGAUUUCUCAUCUUCAUUAGAACUUGGAA